AUGGGUUCAGGAUCAAGUGCCCAGUGUAAGACACGGCGGUGUUCUCAGUGUCAGGGGGACACAGAAUACUACUGUAACACGUGUAAACAUGAAUUGUGUCUACAAUGUAAAGAGAGACAUGUUAUUGAUCUAGAGACCAUAUACCACGAUGUUGUGAUUUACCGUGAGAAGUAUGACAUCCCAAAUCUCGAGACUUGCGUAAGACAGACAGACAAAAUAUUAGUAUAUGAAAGGUACUGUUAUACGGGUGAAUUUCCUUUCUGUGCACAGUGUAAAAAACAUGAACAAAACAAAAUACUGAACAUUAGAACAGAAUAUAAAAGAAACCGUGAACAAAACAGAUACACCAUUCACAGGAUCAGAAGUGAGACUCUGUAUAAUAACUGUGUCUUACUGGCAUACAUUAAAGAUAAUUUAAGAUCUGGUCAAACCAAUAUCUUUAACCUUAAACAUGUGAAACUAAAGAUGUCAACAAAAGCCCAGACAUUAAAAGACCUGAUUGAUACUGUUAUGUGUGAUGUUGACGUUAAAAGGCUCGUGGACACAUGUAAUCAUAGAUUAAAACAACGGAAGAGAAAUAUUGCCAGCAUAGAAAAAUAUGAAUACAAAUAUCUACAAUCAGCAAACAGAGCGGUAAAAUUACUCUUGUUCCUUAAAAACACCUUCUUCCCAAAGAUAAAUGAAUUUCUAUAUAUUACACACAACGCCUCGCCUAACCUGACUAUGAAAAUCAUCAAGGAGGAUGUGGUUGACUUUCUGAGUGAAACCAAUGUCAUAGAGAGAGGACAAAGACAAAUAAGAGAUGAAGAUCAACUGGAACUGAUGUUUUUACCUUGGUUACACAGAUCAGUUAAACUGAACACUUCUGGUCAUAUUACACAUAUUUCUUGUCUCGAUGCAGACCGGAUCUGGGUCAGUGAAAGGCACAUUAAUUUUACUGUGUUUAUUUUGAUAAACACAAAAGGGGACGAUUUGCAUCACCUGGAAAGUAAAGGACUAACAGAUAAUUAUAAAUGGUAUAGUAUAUACGGAGCACACACAGUAGACAAUGACGGUGAACUAAUAUAUAUAGACCGUAAUAAUGAAAUUCACAAAUUUUCUACAGAUGAUAGAACAAAGUCUACACUGAUAAAAGGAAUUGACCUCUGGGAGCCACGAUGUAUCUAUUCCUCCCGACAUAAUGGAGACCUACUGGUGAUGUUAUAUUAUAAAAUGACAGGCAAGGUUAACCGUUACGAUAACACAGGACAACACAUACAGACAAUACAACAUGACAACAAGGGUCAGCAACUGUACAGGAACCCUAUAUACAUUACAGAGAACCGCAAUGGAGAUGUUGUUGUGUCUGACUUUGGUCGUGUAGUGGUGACAGAUGGUGGAGGGAGACAUCUCUUCUCCUACACAGGUCCUACAUUUCAAUCACGACUAUAUCCACAUGGAAUCUGUACUGAUGCGCUGUCACACAUCCUGGUGUGUGAUUUGUACUCCAACACAGUACAUAUGAUUGACAAGUACGGUCACUUUCUGUCACACAUACUGACACAAGCGGAAGGAAUAAACACACCACACAGCCUCAGUUAUGACAACAAAACUCAUCUCCUCUGGGUUAGUUCAUGGACAGACAAAACAGUGUGUGUAUAUAGCUACAUAAAAAGAAAGAGACAUAAGAUAGGUGAUUGCUAUUUAAUAUUUAUUAAUAUGAUAUAUGUAUUCAUCCUUAAUUUCACAUUAGGGUGUUGA